CCGACGGCUCCCUCAUUUGCUCACACCCCAGCAGCGAGAGCGAAGGUUGCAGGAGGCAGAACCACCACCCACCCAUGCAGAUCAGCCCUGGGAGUGCAGCUGGGCUUCUGCAGCUCCUCCCGGGCAAUGCUCCUGGGGAGGCGGUGGGGAAGAUGCAACCCGGGGCGCUGUGCAUUCCUCCUUGUGUCAGCCCUCCUGCUCGACGCGGUGGGUCUGGUCCUUUUGCUGAUAGGCAUCUUCGCCUCCCUUGAUUACUGGGACUUCCUGGUCUACACGGGGGCCCUGAUCCUGGCUUUCAGCCUGGUGCUCUGGAUCGGCUGGUAUUCCUUCAACAUCGAGGAACCUCUUGAGAAACUGAACUUGUAGUCUGGCCGUGGGCAGAGGAGGAGGGACGCAGGCUCCGUGGGCACCUGACUCUGAACCUGGGGCUGUUGGAGGAGCAGGGACAUGCUUUCACUCCCAGGCAGAGUGCCCCAGCGGGGACGAGGUGAGUGCACGCGAGGCCGGCCUGGCGGAGCGGGGCUUCUGUCAAUCUGGGCUCCAACUGCACCUGUGCCAGCCACAGGUGUCCUCUCCCCUGGGGCCCU